CUUCUUCCCCCCGCCAAUUGGCAGCCUCUCCCUCCUCGAUCUGCACCAUUGCCACGAAACAAGACAUCGAGACAUCUUUGUUGCUCUUGCUGCUGCAUUGCUGUUGCUGUCACAAGUAGUAAUCGAGAAGCUAGGCGCCUGUCCACUCACAGGCGCCGGCCCGCCAUUACCGAAGCUCGAAGCUAGCUGCCUCCCUUGUAGAGACAGCACGCGCGAUCACCGUCUUUCUCGAUUCCGGCAAGAUGAACGACCUGUUCACGUCGGGGUCGUUCAAGAAGUACGCGGACCUGAAGCAGCAGGUGGCGCUGGACGACCUGGAGUCCGGCGGCGGCGGGGAGGCCGAGGGCCCGGACCUGGACCGGUUCUUCGAGGACGUGGAGGUGGUGAAGGAGGACCUGCGCGGGCUGGAGGCGCUGCACCGGCGCCUGCAGUCGGCGCACGAGGAGGGCAAGACCGCGCACGACGCCGCCGCCGUGAGGGUCCUCCGCGCCCGCGCGGACGCCGACGCCGACCAGGUGCUCCGCCACGCCAGGGCCGUGAAGGCCAGGCUCGAGGCUCUAGACCGCGUCAACGCCGCCUCCCGCAAGCUCCCCGGCUGCGGGCCGGGCUCGUCCACCGACCGCACCCGCACCUCCGUCGUCAUCGGCCUUGGCAAGAAGCUCAAGGACCUCAUGGACGACUUCCAGGGCCUGCGGACGCGCAUGGCGGCGGAGUACAAGGAGACGGUGGCGCGGCGGUACUACACGGUGACCGGCGAGAAGGCGGAGGACAGCACGGUGGAGGCGCUCAUCGCGUCGGGCGCGAGCGAGACGUUCCUGCAGAAGGCGAUCCAGCAGGGCCAGGGCCAGGCCGCCGGGCGCGGGCAGGUGCUGGACGCGGUGUCGGAGACAGAGCGGCACGGCGCGGUGCGGGAGAUGGAGCGCAGCCUGCGGGAGCUGCACCAGGUGUUCCUGGACAUGGCGGCGCUGGUGGAGGCGCAGGGCCACCAGCUCAACGACAUCGAGAGCCACGUCGCGCGGGCGAGCUCCUUCGUGCUCCGCGGCGCCGUCGAGCUCGAGACGGCGCGGGAGUACCAGAAGGGCAGCCGCAAGUGGGCCUGCGUCGCGGUCGUCGCGGGGGCCGUGCUCGUCGCUGUCAUCGUGCUGCCCAUCGUCAUCAACCUCCACCUCCUGACCGUCAGAUAGAUCACCAUCGUUGUCAUUUCAUCUGACACCGCCAUCGAUUUCUCCGGCCUUGUUGUGUGGAAUCACACAGUUCUUGGAUUGUGGUGGAGAUUUCUUGAUCGUCGCUAGAGAAGAGAAGCUAAGCUACUAGCGCCUAGCGGUGUUGAUUAAUUACAUCGGAGUUGUUGUGUUAUUUUUUAAUUGUUAUUCGUUUAAUUAAGCUGGUAGUGGGAGGAGUGUGGAAUUGUAACUGGUGGAGUUAUGGUUGCAUAUUGCA